GGGGCCACAAAAAAGAUGCGGGUCGAAGGAGGGAGGCAGAGACGCCGUGCCUGGGGUCCCAGCGUCUGCGCCAGCCUGAGGGAGGCCGAAGCGCCGCCUCCGUGCGCUCCUCGUCAGACGGCGGCGGUUACUGCUUCCGAGGUCAUCUUACCCGGACGCGGCUUUAGGGUUGCAGACCCGGCGCGCGCCUGCGGGAGGGGACGAGCCAACCAGCACCAAACCUCGGGGCAAAUGAUUCCCCUCCGCUCUCGCCCCGCGCUCGGCGAUUUGCUUACGUCUUUGCUCCGCUUAGUGUGCGCGCACAGCGCUGGCCGGAGAGCUGAAGCCGCGGGGCCUCUCUUCUGGCCACUGUCCAGCACUCGCAGCCGGAGCCGGGGCUGCCGCGGCGCCACGACACCCGCCAUCUCCCCCAGCAAGCGGCCCCGGCCUGCGGAGGACAGCAUGCGGCUCCGCUUUGUCCGGCUCUCAGAGCACGCCACCGCCCCGACCAAGGGGUCCGCGCGGGCUGCAGGCUACGACCUGUACAGUGCCUAUGAUUAUACACUACCACCUAUGGAGAAAGCCCUUGUGAAAACGGACAUUCAGGUAGCUCUUCCGUCUGGGUGCUAUGGAAGAGUAGCUCCCCGUUCUGGCUUGGCUGCAAAACACUUCAUCGAUGUAGGAGCUGGCGUCAUAGAUGAAGAUUACAGAGGAAAUGUGGGUGUCGUACUAUUUAAUUUUGGCAAAGAAAAGUUUCAAGUCAAAAAGGGCGAUCGGAUUGCACAGCUCAUUUGUGAACGGAUUUUUUAUCCAGAAAUAGAGGAAGUUCAGGUUUUAGAUGACACUGAAAGGGGUUCAGGAGGUUUUGGUUCCACGGGGAAGAAUUAACAUUUAUGCCAAGAAUAGAAAAUGAGGAAACGUACUUUUUUCUUAAAAAUAAAGGAUUUUUGCUUAGUGUUUUGCACAUCUGUAAACAUAAUAGCUUUAGCUUCUAAAACUGUUUGGUUCUCUUAGGAUUUAGGAAAAGAUACCUGUGUUGGGGUCCCAUAAAACCUUACUUAUGUUUUUACACAUCUGAUUGUUGUAUAAAUCUGUGUGGUAACCUAAUACAAGCUGUUUAUUUUUUUAAUUAAAUGUUUAUCAAUUACAGAUCCAAAAAACCCUGUAUUAUUUAAUUCACUGAAAGCUUCCUCUUCAACUUACUUGUUUUGUAAAUCGUAAGCAGUGCCUUUCAUUCAAUAAAUUUGAAUUCUUUCAUAGAUACAAAUUAUUGUAUGAGUGACUAAAAAGUUAAUAAAAAGAAGUUGAAGUUAUUCCUUGUUCGU